AUAUAUGUCAAUUCGGAUUCAGUGUCGCUGUUUCUCCUCCUUGUCUGUGUAGGAAAGGAAUUCGAAUACGCGGAAUCCACGAGAAACUCCCCUCCUUCGAGUUUGUAUUAGCGCUGGGAUUUUGAUCGGGAAGCGUGUUGUUAGCUGUUGGAGUUGAGAUAUAGCAGUGUUUCGUGAUGGUGCAGUUGAUGAAAAGCAGGGAGCCGGAGCAGCUGGCCGGGAAGAUUGCGCCGGAUACGGCGGUCAAAGUCGAGGUGGAGGAUCCAUUGGAAGAAGAGCACGGAUCACUUCAUAAGCGUCCUAGACAGAGUAUUGCAACGGGAGGUUAUGCUGUGCCAGCUUCACAAUGCAAUCCACUGGAUGAGCCUAGUCCAUUGGGUCUACGUCUGAGGAAAAGCCCAUCUUUAUUGGAAUUAAUCCAAAUGAAACUUUCCCAAUCCAGCAGCCAUAAAGCUGGAAGUCAGGGUCGAGGUAAAAAACCUCUGACUGGUAUUGCAUCUUCGGGUGACAAACUCAAGGCCUGCAAUUUUCCAGCUUCACUUCUUAGAAUUGGGACCUGGGAGUACAAAUCAAGAUAUGAAGGAGACUUGGUGGCAAAAUGUUACUUUGCAAAACAUAAGCUUGUGUGGGAAGUUCUUGAUGGUGGCCUUAAGAAUAAAAUUGAAAUUCAGUGGUCUGAUAUUAUGGCCCUGAAGGCAAAUUAUCCAGGAGAUGGCCCAGAGACGCUGGAUGUUGUGCUUGCUCGCCAACCUCUAUUCUUUAGAGAGACUAAUCCGCAACCUCGGAAGCACACACUUUGGCAAGCAACAUCUGACUUUACUGGUGGACAAGCAAGUAUUCAUAAGCGGCAUUUUCUGGAAUGCCCGCCAGGGUUGUUGGGAAAACACAUUGAAAAGCUUACUCAAUGCGAUCCUCGCUUGCACUUCCUUAGUCAGCAAGGAGAAAUAGCCUUGGAUUCUCCGUAUUUUGAAUCAAGAACCUCUGUAAAUGAUGAGGGACAUGAAGAUGAGAAUGACCUUGAUCUGAAUACUAAAGGAAGUCCUUCACUUUUCAGCGUCACUGAAGCUGGUUCCCCUUCUGGAGUACAAUCUUCUUUCUUGAAGAACAAUGAAGAGCCUUUUGGCAAAAAUUCUGAAGCUUACCCUUGUGAAACACCUUCUCCUUGCUCAGUAGUAUAUACAGAUAGAGAUGGGUUGAGUCUUGGAGAUGAAAAUAAUCCGCAGCUUAAAAUGAUGAGAAACUGGGAACAAAUCAAAGUUCCUGGGAUGAAGCCGUCCAUGUCAAUGAGUGAUUUAGUGAGCCACCUUGAAAAUCGGAUAUCCGAGCAGGGGACGUCGAGCAAUCCAAAUCUGUCGAAUGAGGAGUGGGAAAGCCUCGAGAUUCUGGACAACAUUAACCAGUGCUUAUUCAGUGACUUCCAAGGUAUGCCAGAGUCGGAUGAGAAGUCCCUGAUGGCUCGGGUGAACUCUCUAUGCUGCCUCCUGCAGAAAGAUGGCGAUGCUGCAGCAGGAUCCAACAAACAUGAUAAUGAUAAUGUUGAGGAUGGCCCAACUGUUGAAGGCAAUCAAGCUAACAAUGCAAGUGCAGGGAGUGAGUUAAAAGUGGGUGAACAGAGUCAAGGAGCAGGGGGUGGGGGUAUGUCCCGGAAGGACUCGCUGAAUGACUUGUUGCUGAACCUCCCAAGGAUUGCUUCUCUGCCGCAGUUCUUGUUCAACAUCUCUGAGGAGAUGGAGGGAGAAUCAGGCUAGAUAGAUAUAGAUAGAUAUAUAUAUAUAUAUAUAUAUAUAGCAGUAGUGAUGAAAGGAAGGUUGGUUGGUUGGUUGGUUGGUUGGUUGGAGGUAUUUAGGAUUCUGAAAUGAUUGUGAUUGAUGAAGAAUCCUGCAAGACUCGUUAUCUUGUGGUGUGUAUAUACUUGUUUUCCUUAAGGUCUUUUGCUCUGUGUGUGUUCUAAUUUUGCAUCUAUUACAUUUCCUCCUAUCCCAUUUCA